UUCUUUUGUUUUUGACAACAAAAAACUACUGUAUAAAAGCAUACAUCUUUUUCCAUGAAAUUCUUAUUUGGCCAAAGACAUCGUUUUUUGGGUUGACAUAAGGUGGAUAUCUAGACUUGGAAAGUUUUGUGAUACCAGCUUGUCAUCUUAUGAAAGUGGAAAACGAUGUUGUACAAGAAGACAAGGAAUCUUCCAACCCUGUAGUGGAUAAUUAUCUAAGCGCUAAAAAAAGGGAACGGUACGUAGGGUUUCAACAGUUACACAUACUACUACAACUUGUUUUUAGUUGUUAUGAAGCAAGAGACCGAUAUUUUCUGUGCCUAGAUAAUGUGGAGAGAAGAAAUGGAAGACAAGCCUCUUAUGAUGGAGUCGACUGUAUAGAGGAAUAUAGACAAUAUACCAACCACUGUUUGUCCUCUUGGGUCCGAUACUUUAACCAACAGCGAAAAAUAGCUCAAUCCAAACCCAGAGAUUUCGUUCCCAAACAGAACAAGUAGUUGUAUAUCUUUUUAGAAUAAACAAGUGUAAUGUUUC